AUGGAGCGGAUAGGUGCCCACUCACACAUCCGCGGCCUUGGCUUGGAUGACCAGUUGGAGCCUCGAGUAAGCUCGCAGGGCAUGGUAGGGCAGGCGAAAGCACGGAAAGCAGCAGGCAUGAUUCUCAAAAUGGUUCAAGAGGGACGAAUAGCCGGUCGUGCAAUGCUCUUUGCAGGCCCACCGUCCACCGGAAAAACAGCCAUUGCGUUGGGCAUGGCGCAAACUUUGGGAGCAGACGUGCCGUUUACGAUGAUCGCUGCAAGCGAGGUGUUUUCGCUGUCCAUGUCGAAGACGGAAGCGCUAACUCAAGCUCUGCGGCGAAGUAUUGGAGUGCGCAUAAAGGAGGAGACCGAGAUCAUAGAAGGGGAAGUGGUCGAAAUGCAAAUUGACCGUAGCCUUACCGGGGCGACAAAAACGGGGAAGCUGACAAUCAAAACGACCGACAUGGAGACCGUCUAUGACUUGGGAACUAAAAUGAUUGAUGCUCUUUCGAAAGAGAAGGUUACCGCAGGCGAUGUUAUCGCCAUUGACAAAACGUCUGGCAAAGUAUCGAAACUUGGACGGUCAUUCGCAAGGUCCAGGGAUUAUGAUGCUAUGGGUGCAGACACGCGUUUUGUCCAAUGCCCAGAAGGAGAGGUGCAGAAAAGAAAAGAAGUAGUACAUACCGUAUCACUGCAUGAAAUCGACGUUAUCAACAGUCGAACUCAAGGCUUUCUUGCACUUUUUGCCGGUGACACGGGCGAAAUUAAGCCGGAAUUGCGAGACCAGAUAAACACGAAAGUGGCGGAAUGGCGGGAGGAAGGAAAGGCGGAGAUAAUUCCUGGAGUUCUGUUCAUUGACGAAGUGCAUAUGCUCGAUAUCGAGUGCUUCUCUUUCCUCAAUCGAGCGCUCGAGAACGAACUAUCUCCGCUGGUGAUUAUGGCCUCAAACCGAGGUAUGGCUCGCAUUCGCGGAACAAAGUUCCGCAGUCCUCACGGACUUCCGGUGGACUUGCUCGACCGCGUGCUCAUUGUCAGCACACAACCAUACUCUCCUGAGGAAAUACAGGAUAUUAUCAAGAUCAGAUGCGAGGAGGAAGACGUUGCCCUUGCGGACAGCGCCCUCACAGUGCUCACGUCAAUGGCUGCGCAGACCACGCUGCGUUACGCUCUUAACUUGAUAUCAUGUGGGCAGGUCAUUGCUCGCCGACGGAAAGCCGAACGGGUUGAAGUCGAUGAUCUCCGUCGCGCAUAUGUUUACUUCAUGGAUGAGAAGCGCAGCGUACAAUGGUUGAAGGAGCAGCAGGGAUCUUUGGUCUUCGACGAAAUUGAUGAAGGAAAGAAGGAUGCAAUGGACGAACAUAGUGUGUCUCACUCUGGUCGUCGGUCUCGUCAUUCGUUUUCCAGCAAGGUGAAGGGAAAGUUUCGGUCGCUCUCGAGGCCGCAUUCAGAUUCACCGUCUGCUUUUGUGACCCGCGACGAUGCAUCUGAGACGAAUACAUUAAUUAAUUUUGUCAUCGACGAGGACAACCAGCAAUCAUAUAUACUGGAGGAGCAGGAAGGGACAGUAUCAGAAGUACAUGCGUUGUCUCUCAGCUGGGUUUCCGAACAUGCCUCAUCUGUUCUGCCCGCUGGGCUGCAGGAGUGCGACGAUGCUCUACUCGAACAGGACAAUACCUCUUGGUCAAGUGCUAAACCGACAAGAAAAGACAAGAGAAAGGCAUCUAAGGGUCCAACAUCUACCUCAACAAACGGCUUUGCAAAGAACGCGAAUAACGCGGGGAGCCCAACACCAACGCGCUCCGCCGCCGAACGGAUCCUCGUCAACCGGAUAGACUCUCUACUCUAG